AGUAGCGCAUUGGAUGUCGCAAUUAUCACAUUUUGUGACCAAGCAAGCACAAUUCAGCAAAAUUUAGAGAGAAUUUCGUGCUUCACAAUUAGCUUGACCUGUUGAUAACAUUUGUCCCUCCUACUUGCAAACAAAAGGCUGUCAGCUCAGGAUCCCUGUGUCAUAGUUGGGUUACCUGUGCAUAAUCUAUUUCACAACUUUUCGCAAUCAUGGCGGUGUUUCGUGGUGUGACUACCUUCGUAGUAUUGCUUGCUGUAGCUGUCUAUUUCGGCAAGGAUCAUAUCACUAGAUAUGUCCAGGGCGGAGUUUGCAAGAGUACUAUAAGACUGGACGGCAAGACUGUGGUCGUUACCGGUGCAAAUACGGGCAUCGGGAAGGAGACUGCACUCGACUUGGCGGCACGCGGUGCCCGUGUGAUCAUGGCGUGCCGAAACCUCGACAAGGGGAAAGCAGCGCUUAGAGAAAUACAAGAGAGAACCGGCAGCCAAAAGGUAGUCCUAGAGUACUUAGAUCUGGCAUCUUUACGUUCGGUACGUGAAUUUGCGAAGCGCGUCACAGAGAAGGAAUCUCGACUCGAUGUUCUUAUAAACAAUGCGGGCGUUAUGUGGUGCCCGUUUUCAAGAACGGAAGAUGGCUUUGAAAUGCAGUUUGGUGUGAAUCACUUGGGACAUUUCUUAUUGACCAAUUUACUGCUCGAUCUAUUGAAGAAAUCGGCGCCAAGUCGUAUAGUGACGGUUUCAUCUUUGGCUCACAUUCUUGUGUCCGGCAUUUCAGAUGAAUGGAACGAAGAGAGCAUGUAUAACAGGAUGUACAGCUACUCAUAUAGCAAACUCGCGAAUGUGCUUUUUACCAGGGAGCUAGCUAAUAGGUUAGAGGGAACAGGUGUUAAUGCAUAUGUGCUCCACCCUGGAAGCAUUAGGACUGAACUGCAACGAGAUGUUCCUCUUUUUGACUUUAUUUUCGAUAUGUUGGACUAUUUCAAGGUGAUGCCAAUGAUGUUUAAGAGUGUCAGGCAGGGAGCACAGACUACUAUCUGUUGUGCUGUAUCUGAGGAGCAUGCUCAUGAGACAGGUCUGUACUACUCUGAUUGUGCUGUAAAGGAGCCAUCAAAGGCAGCCCAGGAUGAUGAGGCUGCAAAAAGGCUAUGGAAAAAAAGUUUAGAAUUAGUUAAACUGGCAUAGAUGUGGCAGGCAUUAUGCAACAAGGUUACAUCUUACUAGAACAUACAGUAGCAUGGAUUUUAACAGGCGGGGGUCCAACAAGCGCAUUCAAGGCAUUUUCUCCUGUAUUUUAAAUGUCUCAUACAUUUACUGUAUGUUUGGCUGUUAGAAUGGGGGCAAUGGGCCCCGAGUUGAAAAAACAAUCUUAAACAGAUUCGCAUUGGUUAAGAAAAUACAGUGCAAAAUUUUGAACUGUAAUGCUUGAGAAUGUGUUUCUAUUGCAACUUGGAAGGACAGUAAGUAGAUCUCUUCCCAAUCAAAGUUGUAUUCAGGAUAGUCAAGAUUAUACUGUGUAGUGGGCAUAACCAGCACUUCAAAAAUAAUAUGAUUGUACACUA